AUAAAUAUGGCCAGCUUAAAGCGUCACGUCAUAUUUCAAAUGACAUUCUUUGCAUAUGCCGAGAAAUGUUCUCUUUCCCCCAUUGAUGCGCAUUUGUGAAUUUUUCGUUCAGUGGACUCUUCCUACCUUCGGGGCUUCGGACCCCUGCAUCGCUAUCUUAUCCUGCCUGCCCUGUCGUACUAUGCCCCACCCUACCCCACUCCAUCACUCUACUCUACUCUAUUCCAUUCCAUUCCAACCCACCUCGCCUUUCCUCGCACUCUCAGCGCCCUCACGUCCGGCUUCCCCUUUACUCUUCUCCUCUAUGUUCGUCCUAGCUAACUCACCGAGCAGCGAUGCAUCUUCCAUUCGAUGAGUGGACUAAGAUUUUUUUCCUAUAAUCAUAUCUUCGAUUUGCUCGUAGAGAUUACGUUUCUAGUUUCUAGUUUAGUACUUUUUACCUAUUCGUCUUGUUCGUGGGUAAAGGCAGCCUUUCGCAGAGAUAAAAGAGACGCUGAAAGAAAGACUAAAAACAUGGGAUGCAAUGCGGGCCGAUGCCUCGGUCCAGACGAUACGGGGUACCCUGGAUCAGGAUUCAUGGCAGCCAUUAGGAAGAAGUUAGUUAUCGUGGGGGAUGGUGCUUGUGGUAAAACAUGUUUACUCAUAGUGUUCAGCAAAGAUCAAUUCCCUGAAGUAUAUGUACCUACUGUCUUUGAGAAUUAUGUUGCUGAUAUCGAAGUGGAUGGUAAGCAGGUUGAAUUGGCUCUUUGGGACACAGCUGGGCAAGAAGAUUAUGAUAGAUUACGUCCAUUAUCAUACCCUGACACAGAUGUUAUCCUGAUGUGUUUCUCCAUUGAUAGUCCUGAUUCCCUGGAAAACAUUCCUGAGAAAUGGACACCAGAGGUGAAACAUUUCUGCCCAAAUGUACCCAUUAUUCUUGUGGGGAAUAAAAAAGACUUGCGCAAUGAUCCUAAUACUAUCAAAGAGCUUGGAAAAAUGAAGCAAGAACCAGUAAAACCAGAGGAGGGUAGAUCCAUGGCUGAAAAAAUCAAUGCCUUCGCAUACCUUGAAUGCUCUGCCAAGAGCAAGGAAGGAGUCAGGGAAGUCUUUGAGACAGCAACCCGAGCUGCGCUUCAAGUUAAGAAGAAGAAGAAGGGAAGGUGUAGGCUUCUUUAAAAUGUAAUGUCAGAUGGGCCCAAAAAGUGGGUGAAAUUAUGGAAUUGCAAAGCUAGCCGCAAUAGAGCUAGUUGUAAUACUGGAGGCCCCCAGUGAAGACCAUAAUAUAAUAACAUCUUUUACCUUUAAUUCUUUUACAUAAUAAUCAAAUCAACAAACAUGUUCACAUCAAAGCCACUGAUUAACAAAUCUUUCAUGGUACAGGACUUCUUUAACUAUAAUGAAAUAUGCUUCAAGUUUGAGCAAGUGAAAAUUCUCAUGUCAACUAUUUACAUUCAAAAAAACCAUAACUGUUUCAUUGUAGUGGCCAUUACUGUUAAUAUUAGUAUCAUAUUACUAUGUAUGUAUACAUUCUACUUUUUUUUAUACGUAUUUGCUCUUCAUGUCGGUGAGAAACGAAAACGAACGAAAUUGGGGGAAUUAAUAAGAAAUAUUAAAAAUAAUAAACAAAAAAAAAACAAAAAACCAAAAAAAAAAUAUGGAAGGAACCUACAUAAUAUGCAAUGCAAAGUUGUAAAACUUUUAGAGCACUGUAAGAAUCUAAGAAAAAACGUUACA